CGAGAGGGAGGGGAAUCGGGAGCUGGGCCGGGCGCGCAGCUGCAGGGUGCAGUCCCACCGCACAGCGCGUCCCGGUCUCGCCGCUGCCAGCCCCGUCCCGGCGGGCGCCGCGCUGCGGGAAGCCUCGCUCAGGAAGGCACCGGCUGCCUCCCGCCGGCCUCGCUUCUCGCUUGUCUCUCCCCGGCGCUUUUCUCCGCCGGCCGUCCCGGUUUUCUGCACCGAUCCUGCCUGGCUGCCGGAGGGAUGCUGGGAGCGGGGCUGGCGCUGGCGCUCUGCGCCCUGCAGCUCUGCCCGGCCGCGCUCGGCGGGUCGCACCCGCAGCUGCUGGUGGAGCGGAGCGGCUCCCGGAGGCUGAGCAAGGUUGGUGGCUUUUCCUGGGAGAACUGCGGUGAUGGGAGUGACCCCGUGGUGCUGCAGAGCCUCUCCGUGGCACCCGACCCCAUCACCAUCCCGGGGAGCCUGCGUGUCAGCGCGGCCGUCAGCGGCAGCAAGGCCAUGGUCUCCCCUCUGAAGGCAGUGCUGGUAGUGGAGAAGGCACUGGGUGACCUCUGGAUCCAGCUGCCCUGCAUUGACCAGUUGGGCAGCUGCACCUACAAUGAUGUCUGCACCAUCCUUGACAACCUCAUCCCGCCCGGCACGACCUGCCCGGAGCCCCUGCUCACCUAUGGCAUCCCCUGCCACUGCCCCUUCAAAGCGGGCUCCUACUCCCUGCCAGCCAGCGACUUCAUCCUGCCCGAUGUGGAGCUGCCUUCCUGGAUGACCAACGGCAACUACCGUGUCCAGGCAGCCGUCAGCAAUGGCGGGGAGGAGCUCGCCUGCGUCAAGCUGGCUUUCUCCCUACAGUCCCAGUGAGGGGCAGGGGACUGUCCCUCCUCUCCCCACCGCCUUGGUCCCCAUCCCAUGCAGCUGUACCCCCAUCCCAACCUGUCCCCGCGAGGUGUAUCGGUCCCGCUGCCUGGAGGAGGCAGCCCCUGUACCCCUGCUUGGUACCCACACCCCACACCCCCACUCUCUGCUACACACAGAAAAGCCCCUCUGGCUGUCCUGAUGUCCCCAACCCCUUGACCGGAGUGUCCCCUGCCCCAGACAGGGUGACUUUGGAGCCUAACCCCAGGCUUUCAGCGCGACCUGGGGAUAGUUAUUUUUUACCCAGUUUCUCUUUUUUUUUUUUUUUUUCUUAAUCCCAUCAGGGUAAUUUUAGACAAAAACAUUCCAGGGAAAAGCAAUAUUUCUUGGAGCAGUCCAUGGGGAAGAGGCAGUGUUUGGGAGGGCUGGGGGCAGGCUGGAGGGAUGCCGAGUUAGCUGUGGAGGGUGUCCCCACUUGCCUCCACCACCUCUGGUCAGAUCAUGGGGCUAUUUUGCAGAAGUGUCCCCAAAGUGGCCACAGGAGACCUGUCCCCCCAUGGCAGCUCUGUGUCUGCCUUUAGUGCAUCCCUUCCUGUGCGUGGGACCAGCUUGGCGACAGGAGGCACCUGCGAGGGCACCUCCCCGUGCCCUUCCUGUGACAAACGUCACAGGUACAACAGGACUGAGACCGCCCAAACCCCCAAUGGACAUUCCCACUCACAAGGGACCAAGCGGCUGAUGCUGCUCCCAGCAGCAGGAGAGGUGGCCGGACACCGGCUGUGCUCAGUCUGGGGGGACACACGGCUGUGACGGGCAGCUGGGGCACAGCCUGGCCGAGGACAAGUCCCACUCAUCUCAUUUUGCCACUGGGACUGAGACGAGGCAGGACACUGCACUGGGACCAUCCCUGCUGUGCACUGGCAGAAACACCCCACAACAUAAAGCAGCAUCCUGGAGAUGGGAUGGACUGGGAGAUGGCCAUGAAGACCAGCAGCCCGGGUCCUGUUUGGGGGCCCUGCAGCCCAUCUCCAGGUUAUGGCUGGGGGCCAAGGCGUGGGCAGGCAGCAUCCUUCCUGCCUGCAGCUCUGGGCAGGGCAUUUGUCUGACAUCACCUGCCUAGGCCCGGUCCUCGAAGGGCAGAGGUGCAGGUGACCCAGCAGCCACCCGCAUCCCCUGCUCCCUUGCUGCCCCUGCCUGCUUGCGUUAUUUAGCCCUCCGUAGGGCUGGUCUUCCUCCAAGCACUUUAUACGCCUUAACUACUGCCGGGCUGCCCCAGCGGGAGGUCCUCUGCUGUGCAGAUGUGCUCCCAUCACCUUUCUGUGCCCUCGACUUGCUCCUGCUGCUGGGUCUGACUCGGGUUUGUUUUGCCUGGAGAAGCACUAACCCUCUCUACGCUCCCCGCCGCCACGCAGUGCCUGUGCUAGGGCGGCAUCCUCCUUUUGAGCAGGUACUGCAGGUUCUUAAUAAAUCUUUUUACCAGGAAGCAGA